AUGCGACGCGAUCCUCGAUGGGCGUCGAACGCGGCGGCGGAGUACGACGCCAACGUGGGUGCGAAAGGGCGAGAGGUGAAUAAGUUGCUCGUCGAGCUAAAGGAGAGUCAAGACAAAAUGGCGCAGAAGAUAAGAGACGCGGAGGAGGCGACAGCGUGGGUGGACACCAUCGAAGGGGCGAAGGCGACGAUGGAUAAAUUACCAGAGUAUACUUUAAAGGCGCGAGAGGCGAGUCGGAGGAUGCAGGAGCUGAGACAACGAUUGGAGAAGGUGGAGGCGCGCGCGUCGGACACGUUCGUCGCCGAGUGCGCGGCGGAACGACUUGAGGCGCUCGUGUCCGCGUGCGACGCGAACUCUGAAGCUACGUUCGAUCGAAACGAGUGCUGCGUGAGACUGCGAGAAUUGGACUCGCGCGAUUGUUUUUGCAACGUCAAUCUCGGCGCGGUCGAUUUCGAACUUCGCCGAAGGGCGCUGCCGGAGGUGCUUCGCGCGGAGCGCUUGUGCGACGCGAGACUCAAGUUUGGCAACGAGUGCGCGCCGUUGCCGCGGUUUCCACCGUUGAACGUGCAGCCACCACCACAGGCACCAUCACAGGCACCACAACAACCACCACGGGCACCAUCAACGCCGCCGCCACCGCCCGCGAUCGUCUCGCCCGCGAUUAUCUCUCCGAUUCAAGCCACGUGCUCGGUCGACGGCUUGGUGACUUUGAUUCAAGCGGGAUGCGCGUCCAUCGUAGAUUCAACGGAUUCUGUACUCAGACAACGCGUUACCUCUGAGUGUUGUAGAGCUCUCGUUAAACUCAACGACGAGCGGUGCUUUUGCUCGGAAGGAGACAUGAUUCAAGAACUCCUUCGAGAGUUCCCCGCAAACUUUGGCGGCAUGUUCAAGGCUGCGCCGAACGUGUGCGGGUCGACGAUCGUCGGUGGUUGGCAAUGUCUCCCGUUCGUCGAUAGGACACCACCACCGUCGCCGCCGCCACCGGCGUCACCACCACCGUCGCGAGCGAUUCAACGCGCACCGUUGCCCCCGUUCAUAGGUCGCACGUUUGGGUUGGAGCGAGACGUCGUGGAAACGAUCACGCGAGACGUGCAAACUCGCAUCCGCGAGCGACGCGCGUUGAUACCGUACUUUAACGACGCGCGAGAGCGACCGGUGUACGUCGGGGACGCGGCGCGCGCGAAAAUCGCUGCGAGGAAAGUGGAAGAUUUUUUGGCGCUUCCGCGCGAGGAGACGAGCGACGCGCUGCGAGCGCUCCGGGCGAUCGUCGAGGACGGAUGGGCGACGCACGAGCGCGAGGGAUGCGGACACGCGCGACAGUGGCCAGAGAUUUUCGUCGCCGCGAGCGCGUUGAUACGCGAACAAUUUCCGCAGUUUGGCGUCGCGUCCGAAAUUUUACCGGGCACGGGGUGGGGGACGGAGAGCGAGGCGAUCGAUUGGGUGAUUCGGCGACCUGAGAAGCACAUCAUCGCGUCGAAGAUACAUUUCGCCACGCGUUUACAUCGUGAUCCGGAUUCAUGGACGAAUCCAGCGACGACGCAACGGCCGCGCGACGGGUGGCCCGAGUUGUCGAUGCCAGACCGCAGUCGCUACCAGUACCGCUUCAUCAACGUGCACCUCACGACGAGCGCGCUCGAUCCUACCGGCAACGCGUGGCAAAGCCCGUUGGUAGUAAUGCUUCCACGCGAUGGCGGCGCGCGAGAGUGGGCUUUCGUGAAACGAAAGCUCGAGAUGACGAGCGAAGGUGCCAAAGACGAAAACAACUUUGACGACAAGCUCAACAUUUUCGAUCCCAAAACGUGGAUCAUCCGCGGCAACCGCCUGACGCGAGGCGCGUACACGAAAGAAUCGAAAGUCAAAGACGACACCGAUACGCGUGGUGCCGAUGGAAUGACGGACGCUGAACGUGACUUCGAGUUCCCCGAAGUCGUUUCGCAAGACGACCAAGAAUUCGUGUCAAACGGCGCGAUUAUGUUUGACUCGUUUGAUUGUUGGCACGGCGCGGCGAAGUGGCAAGAGGACAAAGCUUUUAAAAAGACGCUCACGGAUGUCGACCCCAAGGGUCGACAGCCGUUUCAUUCAGCGCGAUGUUCGAUCGAAAUGCGAUUUCGCGUGCGCAUAGACAUGAACGCCGCCGGCGCUGAGAAACUCCAGUGGGGUCCUUUCACUUCGGCGGUGCGAGACGGAAAAUUCCUCGACGAACCGCUUCGAGAUUCCGAGGCGCGAUACGAUCUCGCUCGAGGGCGUAUCGUUCGUGCGACGCGUUAG